CGCCGAUUUAACCGUUGUGUAAUUACGUGCAUGUGAUUCUAGUUGCAGUUCGUCUCCCCACUAUGUCCGUACUACCAGACGUCUUCACCGACCCAGAAGAUUCCAAGCUCGUUGCAGACGCUAAGAAAGACAAACCCGAAGACUUCAAGUUCAGCUACACCGAGCGCGACGUCAUUCUCUACAACCUUGGCAUCGGUGCGACAGCUAAGGACCUGCAAUGGACUUACGAAAACCACGAGGAGUUUGCGGCACUCCCAACGUUUGGAGUGAUUCCGCAAUUCGCAGCCGGUAUUCCACUAGGCUGGCUGCCGAACUUCAAUCCUGCUAAGCUUCUUCAUGGCGAACAGUAUUUGUCUAUCAAGGGCCCUAUUCCCACAGAGGGAAACUUUAUAAAUGAAACCAGGCUCUUGGAAGUCCUGGACAAGGGCAAGGCUGCUUCGGUCACCACAAUAGUGUACACGAAGGAUGUAGCCACAGGAAAGGUCAUCUUCGAAAACCAAGUAACGGUCUUCAUCCGAGGAGCUGGUGGCUUCGGUGGCAAGCGCUCUGGCAGAGAUAGAGGUGCUGCAACAGCUGCAAACAUACCCCCAAGGCGUCAACCUGAUGCUGUGAUCGAAGAGAAGACGAGCCCUUCGCAAGCUGCACUUUACAGACUGAGUGGCGACUAUAAUCCUUUACACAUUGAUCCAAGCUUCGCGGCAAUUGGCGGGUUCGAUCAGCCCAUUCUUCACGGUUUAUGCUUUAUGGGGAUCGCAGGAAAGCACAUCCUGCAAUCUUUUGGUGCCUAUAAGGAUAUCAAAGUCCGUUUCACUGGUGUAGUAUUUCCUGGCGAGACACUCGUCACGGAGAUGUGGAAGACAGGCAGAAAAGUAAUCUUCUCCACUAAGACGAAGGAGCGGGGAACCUCGGUGCUGGCUGCAGCCGCAGUGACGCUUGUUGAUACUGAUAUAAUGGCGAAGCUUUGAUGUGGUAGCUAACGCAGAUUUGCAUGGCGAUUGCUUGUUACAUGUCAAGCUUCGAGACUAACACGAACCUUAAUUGUACACAGCGUUGUCGAGGCUGAGAACGCGAACAGGC